AUGGGGGGUGGAUCGAGAGUGCCGUCUGGCGUGGUGGUACGAGGCCGGGAACGAAGCGCAGGUCGGCCUUGGGGGAAUGCGACAAAAGGCGUGGCUAUUGUUUUGACGGGUCAGAGCAGAAAAGUCUUGGACCGAAAUCAAGAAAUCUCAAGCCCAAGGCUUGCAGACACAGUGUUAGUCUCGGCAGUGCCAGCCGAAAGCUUGGAUGGCGCGCGCCUGGCGGUCAGGUAUCAACGAUCCUUCACGCUCACCUUGCUCUUGGUGCGCGCGGAUGGUUACAAGCAAUGCGGUACUGCUCGAUGGGCGCCUGGCAAUUGCGUGUUGCCAGAAGUUUUGUUGUGGCAAUUCAGCUUGACGAGCACGACGAGCGGACGACACAACGGCUAUAAUGUGAUGGCCGUUCAGCGAAACUAA